CCGUCCCCUCCAGGCUCUCCGUCCCUUCUUCCCCCCGGGCCCCACGCGCCCGAGUCCGACCGAGUCCCGCUCUCUGCUCGUUCCUCACCGGGGAAUAAGCAGGACCUUCGCCGCCGCGUCCGCUUCGUGUCUGCGCGACACUGGAACUGGGGGAAACUUUGCAGGGAAUUGUUCUGUUUUCCUCCUCCCAAGUUUCUGUUUUUUUAGGCGGCUUUUUUCUUAAAAGUUUAUUUGACUAAUCCCCUAGUUCCCUCUUACCUUCGGGAUCAUUUCCCGAUACCUCCACCGUAGCUACUUUAUAAAACAAAACGGAGCGGCGCGAGGACGAAUGCUUUUGUUGCAAACCUAACUGCGUCUAGACCACAGUCAAGAUGGAUAAAAAGUCCUUUGAAACGGUGCUGGAUGAAAUCAGAAAGGCUGUUUUGACAGAAUACAAACUAAAAGCAAUUGAAUAUGUGCAUGGAUACUUCUCUAGUGAACAGGUAGUUGAAUUACUGAGGUACUUUUCUUGGGCUGAACCCCAGUUGAAGGCAGUGAAAGCAUUACAACAUAAAAUGGUGGCUGUCCCUGCAGUGAAAGUGGUCAACAUCCUCAACUGCUUCACCUUCAGCAAAGAUAAGCUGGUUGCUCUUGAACUGUUGGCUUCGAACAUUAUUGAUGCACAAAACUAUCGCCUUAUUGAAGAUCUUUUUAGGAUCAACAUGUCUGAAAAGAAGCGGUGUAGGAGAAUUCUUGAGCAGGCUUUAAAGGGAGGUUGUAAAGCUCCUCAUGCCAUGAUAUCUUCUUGUGGAAUGAUUCCUGGCAACCCAUAUCCUAAAGGGAAACCCAGUCAGAUAAAUGGAACUUUUCCAGGAUUCCCUAUCAAAAAGGAUGGUGAAGAUUGUACAAAUGAAGGCAAAGGAAUAGCUGCACGGAUACUUGGCCCAUGUAAACCAGCUCCUGCAACAUACAAUCCGCAUAAACCUGUUCCAUAUCCUAUACCCCCCUGCCGACCUCAUGCAACUAUUGCACCAAGUGCUUACAACAAUGCAGGUUUGGUACCAUUGGCUAAUGUCAUAGCUCCAGGAGUCCCACCUCCACUUCCAUAUACUCCUAAUCCAGUGGCAACAGAAAAUGAAGAACUUUCUAAUCCAUCAAAACCCCAAAAUCCAACAUUUUCUUCCCACUCAAGUCAGCUCUUUUCUCCUCAUUGUUCUAAUCCUUCGACACCUGUUGCUACUCCAGUCCCUACCCCAUCUCCAGUGAAGGCAGUAAAUCACCCAUCUGCACCAGCAACUCCAGUCAUCGCUGGAAUGAACUCGUCCACUCCUGUCCUUCCUGGGCCCCCAGGGCAAGCCUCUUCAUCGAACCAUACACCUCAGUCGUCAAUCCCAGCAUCAACCGUCAUCAAAACCCUUUCCCUGCCAACAGUUCCUGUUCCACCUGGACAUAAUACAACUCCGGCUCCUAUCCCCGCAGUUUUUUCUGGCCUGACUCCUAUGUCAGGCCUUACAGCUGCUCCUCCUCCCGCCCCACAGGGUGCUGCUACACCCUGCCCUCCUCCUGUUCCCAGUGAAUCAUUUGCUCCUGCUCCUGCUCCUUUUAACAGCCUCCCUUUUCCUGCUACUUCUACAGCUGUUUCUACUAAUAACCUUAAUCCCGCUCCAUUAUCAUCCAUUUUUGCAGGGCUUCCUUUGUCCUUAACACCUACUCCCCAAGUGGUAUCUAGCCCAGCUCCCUCUGUAAUUGCUGGUGGGCCUGCUACCAGUCUUCCUGGGCUGAAUAAUCCUAUUCUAUCUGUCUUGAAAGGAUUUCUGACAUCAAAUGAUACAACUUCAAUCAACUCUUCUGCUUUGGCUUCAUUAUCUUCUCUCACUAAUCAGAACUCUGAUUGUCCUGCUUCCUCCAUUAACAAGUGCUAUACGCCGUCAGCUCCACCUACACCCCAAAGGUCUGCCACUCCAGGCAUGGCCAUGUUCCCGGGUCUUUCGCCACCUUCCGUGGCCAAUCCAGCUUCCACUCCCCCUUCCUUACCAGCCCAAUCUCCUUUAGCCACACCUGCAUCAGCAGCAGCAGCACUACCAGUUAGCUGUGCUUCCUCAGCCUCUAUUUUGCAUGGCCCCCGCCCAGGUGACCCAUCACUGCAGAUUCCAGCCAGCCCUGUUGUUCCAGGCAUCCCCGUCUUGGUAAAAACGGAGCCCGCAAGCCCCCCGCCUUCAGCUUUCAAAGGCCCACCCCGUGCUGCUGCUCCGCCUCUUAGCACUUCAGGCCUGUCGGCAGCAUUAGGCCGUGUGCUUACUUCAGCAGCAGCGUCAGUGCCGGUCACUUUACCCACUGGCCUUAAUCCAGCAUCGGCAGGCCUCUCCUCCUUGAGUGCCCCGCCGAAUGCUUCCGCGCCCCUCUCCUUGACCCCUCACGGCCCCUCCGCACCCAUUGCUCCUGUGUUUACUGCUCUUCCACCUUUCACUUCGCUGACCGGUAACUUUCCUCUAGCUGGUAACCCAGCGCUGAACCCCUCUGCGUCUGUUCCGGGGGCAUUAAUAGCCACUCCUCCUACUCCUGCUUCCUCCACAUCAGUCCCUCGUCCCAGCUCUACUGCGGCUGUGAUCUCGGCGCUCACGGCCUCAGCCCCUGUCUCAGCAGCACCAUUUCCCCUCAACUUGUCUACUGCUGUCCCGUCCCUUUUCUCUGUUCCUCAAGGACCUCUGCCAUCUUCAAACCCAUCCUACCACGGCUUCCCUGUCUCCAACACUCCGACAGUUACUCCUGCACUCCCUUCUUUCCCGGGGUUCCAGGCAUCAUCUACAGUAGCAGCGGUUGCACCAUUGCCAGCCACUGCUGCGGCUCCAUCACCAGCUCCAGUCUUGCCAGGAUUUGCAUCUGCAUUUAGUUCCAAUUUCAACUCUGCACUUGUUGCACAAGCUGGAUUGUCGUCUGGACUUCAAGCAGCUGGAAAUUCUGUUUUUCCUGGACUUUUGUCACUCCCAGGAAUACCUGGGUUUUCCCAGAACCCCUCACAGUCUUCCUUGCAGGAACUGCAGCACAGUGCAGCUGCACAGUCGGCCCUCUUACAGCAGGUACAUUCAGCUUCAGCUUUGGAGAGCUAUCCGACUCAGCCUGAUGGAUUUCCUAGUUAUCCGUCAGCACCAGGAACCCCAUUUUCGUUGCAGACUGGACUUUCCCAAAGUGGGUGGCAGUGAAUAUAGAUUUUAAGUGUUUUUUUUUUUUCCUCCUUUGGAACAAGACCAAAUUUUUUUAAGGACUGGUGAACACCCUGGUGGAAAAGGAAGCUGGGGAGAAGUCAGAAAAUGAAAAUAGGGAUGACUCUGGGGAAAUUGUAGUGCCUCAGAGUUAAAUUGUAGCUGCAGUUUUUCUUUAUAGCAGUUUUAAGCAUCAACUCUUUCCCAUGUAAAUAGGACUGACAAAACCAUAUGGGAAACAAUAUUACAAAAGUGUUCUGUAUUUAUCAGCUCCCAUUCUAUGAAAUUUUGGUAUGUGUGGUCUGUAUAGAAAGAAUGGUAAAGAAGAGAUUGGAUUCUUUACAGCCGAAUACAGCCUUAAAUCUGCCUGUGAUUUCUCUUGACAGUAAUAGUUGUGCCUAGGGAUUAAAGGUUGCAUGUGGCCCUUAGGGUUUUCCCCCUUAGUAUGCAUGAGUAGUUCCUGUUAGCAGCAAUAGGAACUCAGAGUGUAUACACGAAGGGGACUUGAGACUCCUUCCUGACACCUUUCCCUCCCCAUUCUUGUCCCUGCCCCCAAUAGUUUUUAAAUACUAAUAUGAAAUGUCUUGCACAUACUGCUGAACUAAACUGAAAACUAUAUUUUGGGCAAGGAGUAACUAGAAAAAUGGUGCUUAUUCUGGUCAUUAGAAUGACUAUUUCAGGUAUUUUGAGUAAAAUUAUACUUCCAGGCAUGCUUUCUUACAGAAAUACAACUGAAUCUGUAAUAAUUUGCCUUCAGGAGAUGUUUCUUAACAAUAGUGGUGACAGCAUUUGUACACAUAGGAACAAUUGACCGGCAUCUAGGCCAUCUCUUUUGUUCGUUGUACUGGAAAUCUUUGGUGAAUGUUUACAGUCAUGAGAUUUAGUAUUUCUCUUUGAAAGACAUUAUACUUAAAUACCGAAAAAAAUAGUAUGGCGACAUAUAGAAAAAAUUUCCUUUGUUAGUGAAAUGCAGUGUGCACUCUAUUUUAAGUACCUGUGGUAGUGUAACACAUGAUUGAAAGUCAUUUGUUUAAGACAGCUAUCUCUCUACCGCAUUUUAGAGAAAAACAGUAGAGAGAAUGGUCUCUAAUCCUGUGAUUUACAAGUGUGAAUUGUAGAAAAUCUACUGUAGAACAUUUCAGCACCUAGAGGUUUUACUUUUUUAAAGAUGGUCUCUGAUGGAAGAUGUUGCUAAUGUAUUUUCCUUUAAUGGGGGAACAAACUUUUUAAGCCUAUUAAUAAAAAAAAUCCUGUAUGAUUAGUUUUUAACACAAUUUUUAAAAUAAAGUUUACAGA